AAUCGCUCUGAUUACUCUGAAUAACCCACCUGUUAAUGCCCUCAGCUCUGCAGUACGGAGUGGAAUAGUGGACUCUGUGUCCCAGGCUCUGAAGGAUGACCAGGUGAAGGCUGUGGUGUUCUGUGGUGAGAACAGGAUGUUCUCUGGAGGUGAGAGAACACUGGACAUUGGCAGCAGAAACUUUCAGUCCUGUAAGUGGUGAAGUUGAGCCUCCAUGUAUCAGACUUGACCACGUCCCACUUUGGAGGCAUGACCUUAAACCCAUUUUUUCUGUUCCUCAAACCAUCCUGAACACUAGCACACCAUUAGGAGCAGACAUUAAGGAGUUUUCAGGCUCCAUGUCUGGUCCUCCUCUGGUUCGGAUGAUCCAUUCCAUUGAGGCUAGUGAGAAGCUGAUGGUGGCAGCCAUAGAGGGUGUGGCUUUGGGGGGAGGACUGGAGCUAGCACUUGGCUGUCAUUACCGUGUUGCUAACACUAAAGCCCGUUUAGGUCUCCCUGAAGUGACCCUUGGUUUUCUUCCUGGUGCUGGAGGAACUCAGCGUCUUCCUCGGCUAACUGGCAUCACUGCAGCCCUAGAGCUAAUCACCACAGGUCGCCAGAUUUCAGCUCAGGAAGCUCUGCAACUCGGCAUUGUGGAUCAGGUUACUGAGGGGAACGCCGUCCAGGCGGCCAUGGAGCUGGCACUCAGUGUUAUAGGUCAGCCGUUAAACCCCCGCAGGUUGAGUCUGCGUCCCCCUGUGUGGUCAGCGGAUGUGGACAGUGUGUGUGAGGUCGCUUUAGCGCGGGUGAAGCAGCACUCUCGGGGAGCGAUGGCUCCAGUGGCAUGUGUCCAGGCGGUCAGGGCAGCAGCCAUGUUGCCGUACAGUAAAGGAAUGGAGAAAGAAAGACAGCUGAUGGACACGCUCUUUAGGUCCAGCCAGGCUCGAGCCCUGCAGUACGCCUUCUUUGCGCAGAGGAAUGCUGGGAAAUGGAGUCUACCUAAUGGGGCACGGUGGAACAACACCAAGGCCAGAGAUGUCCAGCGAGUUGGAGUCAUAGGCCUGGGCACCAUGGGGAGAGGCAUUGCCGUGUCCCUCGUUAAAGCCGGACUCUCUGUAGUUGCCUUAGAGUCGGAUGCGAAGCAGCUGGAGUCGGGUAAGAAGGCGGUGACGGCCAUGCUGCAGAGAGACGCUCAGAGACGAGGAGUCGGUUCUCCAUUACACCUUCUCACAUUCGCUCUCUCGUUCCACCAGCUGAAGGACGUGGACCUGGUCAUCGAGGCUGUGUUUGAGGACAUGAACCUUAAAAAGCGUGUUUUCAGUGAUCUGUGCAAAGUGUUGAGAGCAGGAACUCUAAUCUGCACCAACACCUCAGGGCUGAACGUGGAUGAACUGGCCAAGGUGACCGAUCGACAGCACCUGGUGGUUGGGAUGCAUUUUUUUGCUCCGGCUCACGUCAUGAAGCUUCUCGAAGUUGUUUACGGAUCCAGAUCGUCUCCUGAAGCUGUUGCCGUGGCGAUGGCACUUGGAAAGAGAAUACAAAAGGUGUGUGUCGCUGUGGGUAACUGCCCUGGGUUUGUGGGGAACCGCAUGUUGAAGCUUUAUAUGGAUCAGUCUCUCUACCUGCUAGAGGAAGGAGCCACACCUGAGCAGGUGGACCAGGCUCUUGAGGAGUUCGGAUUCGCCAUGGGGAUCUUCAAAGUGGCCGAUCUUUCUGGUUUGGAUGUCGGAUGGAGGGUUCGGAAGGCUUCUGGUUUGAUCGGACCCGACAUCGACCCGGUAAAUCCUUCACGAUGGCGGCUCGGACAGAGAUACUGCCCCCUUCCUGACAUGCUGUGCCAACAGGGACGCUUUGGACAGAAGACUGGCCGUGGAUGGUACCUCUACAACUCUCCUGGGUCCAAAGAAGCUAAGCCUGAUCCAGAGAUCCUAAACUUCCUGGAGGAUUACAGGCUUAAAUAUGGGAUCACACCACAACGUAUCUCCUCACAGGAAGUGAUCGAACGAUGUGCCUUCAGUUUGGCCAAUGAGGGAUUCCGUAUCCUGGAGGACGGGAUAGCGGCAGGUCCAGAAGACAUCGACGUUAUCUACUUGUUUGGUUACGGAUGGCCGAGACACCGCGGAGGUCCGAUGUUUUAUGCCUCUCAGGUUGGGUUGUCUGUUGUUCUGGAGAAAAUGGAGCAUUAUCACCGCAUUCACCCGGACGUGCCGAGUCUGGAGCCCAGUCGCCUGCUGAGGAGACUGGUGGCUGAAGGAAGUCCACCGAUACAGCAGUGGAGGAACCAUAUCAAGAACCUGCACAGUCAGCUGUAAAGGAAACACUCACAACAUUUUAAAGAAAACUUAAUGAUCAGAAAUUACUGCGACGACUCAUGAACAGCUCAGCUUUACACUGUGAAUCUGUUAAUCAGUUGAUAACUAAUAAUAACCUGGUCAGAAAUAUCAAGUUUUUAUUUAAGUUUUCUAAUUAAACACACCAAUGUAUUAACCCAACAACAGCAAUAUUAAUGAUAAUAAUAAUAAUAAUAAUAAUAAUAAUAAUAACAGUUCUGUCCUCUCUGGUCAGUGUAAAGCAUUAAUAUGUGAGAUGGUACAGGGUUAUACUCAGCAGCUACGAGAUAGUCCACUAGACUGUCCACGGUGUAAGUGUGUUGUGUAUGAUCAGAGACAGAGGGAUGACCACUCAAUAGAGAAAAGAUUAUUUUAUUUUGAAACACUGAGCAUUAAACAUAAGCCCUAUUCAGAUAGGAUUAAAUGUACAUGGGGUCCUGGAGUAGCUUCUUAUCUUCCAGGUGCUACUCUGAUUUGUCCAGAUCAGCCAUGUCUGUGUUUUCUCUGUUCUCUGAAAAUUACAGACUCUUCUUACAUCGUGUUCAUCUCAUCACCUUCCCCAGGUAUUAAACACUUCCUGGAUCACCAAAUGAAGAAGUGGUACUUCUAGAAGUACCACAUCAAAACAUUUUGAUCUUGAAUUGUGUUUUCAAAUUGUUGUUGAAACCCUAAACUAAACUAAGGGCCAGUGUCUGGUCUCUGCAGCAGGGUCAGUCUGUGACAAAUGACCGCAUGAUGCUUUGUGGAACCUUGUUCCUCUUGUGGUCAUUUUAUUUCUGUCCAGGUUUUAUAGUAGCUUUAUCAAUGAGGAGAUGUUGCCCUGAUAAAAUAAUCCAGUCCCAAUAGAGGCUGUAGUCACAUGAUGAGAUUCUGGACUGUGAUUAGUCAGAUGGAGAGAAUAGCUUUAGACUGAGACGGAAGAUAUUUAUCAGUCAUGUAUCAUAUUAAUCAAAUAAAUUAAAUGCUUUUUGUUAAUUCUUUAUAUACAUAUAAAUUGAGGGAAAUUAUAUAUUUUUAAUAAUAAUGUUUGUAUGCAGAAUAAUAUGAAUAUAACCUGAACGUAUCUGCUAUAAGUUAAAUCAUUAAAUACAGGCCAGAGGUCACACAGGUACACAAUUUUUUAUUAUAUUGAGAUGAAAUGCAGAAAAAUAUUCACAUAAAUCAUAACUACAGGAAAUUGUGAAUUUAUACUUAGAAAAUCUAUUAAAAUUAAAUGAAUAAAAAGUAAGUAAAAUAAUUUUGUGUGUUUACAUUUUGUGCUAAAAUCACUGUCAUACAAGCUUUUAUCUGUUUUAUUAUUAUUAUUAUUAUUAAUAAUAAUUAAAUUCAUUUAUAUUUGUAUAGCACUUUUAACAAUUUAAGAUUUUAAAGAUUUAAAAUUAAUGAAUUAAUUCCAAAGCCAUGAAAUAAAAGGUUUUCCACACAGAACCGUCACCAACAGCACUGAGCAAACAACGAGACUCCAACCAGGUCUGGAGAGCAGAGGAGGUCACACUGAGAACUCAGAACAUUCUGAGCUCAGGAGUGGGGUGUAUAGCUCAACAGAGAAAGACAGAGAGAGAGAGAGAAAGAUAUUAAGUAUGAUUCUGAUCAUGUGAUGUUUAAGACAAUGUAGAUUAUGUGUAAAGUGCAGGCAGGGACUCCGGCAAGACUAGCUAUGACAUCAUAACUAAAAGGGAGAGCCAGAAGGUCACAGACAUGAAGGCUUCCCGGGACAUAAAGCGUCCAACCACUUCACAGUCAGUGACCUGAGUGACUUGUGAGGGUGGUAAGAUGACAGCAUCCAACACAUCCCAGUCACCAAACACUCUAUGACCAUGAACCUUCAGAUCUGCUCCUUUACCUAAGAGAAACACUAUCCAGUUCAGUUGAUACUCUAAGGUGCAGUGAAAUGUUGACUCUGAGUAAUCAGUUGCAUGCUGUGGGCUCAGACACUGAUCUGAUCAUGGAUGAUAAUUCUGGGAGAUUAUUGAUAAAUAAAUGUGUGUUUAACAUGGUGAUGUGACAGAGUGUAUAUCUAUCUAUCUAAAUGAGACACAUUUUAAAGGAGAUGAGAUACUCUGAGAUAGAAUCCCUCUGUGGAAGUGUGACUAUAUUUUCUAUAUUUAAUCUGAAUGCUAGAAGGAGAUCCUGAGAAAUCUAAUGCAUUUAAUGGCUGUGCAUUCACUAUUAUUAUUAUUAUUAUUAUUAUUAUUAUUAUUAUUAUUAUGUAUAUUUAUGUAGUGUUUGGAAUAUUCAAAAGAUAAAUACUGAAUAACUGGAGCAGUUUUCAAUUAUUAACUAAUUGU